GGGAGGGGGCACCAAUGCAAGUUAUGAGGUAAACUCUAAAGCACGAGGAAGAAGAGGAGGCCCCUGAUUGACUGUUUCCAAGGAGACCAGUGAUACUACCGAGAACUGUCAGCUUGUCAGUGCUGCAGGUGCACGCUGUCAGGAUGUCAUUUUUAUUUGACUGGAUCUACAGGGGGUUUAGUAGUAUUUUACAGUUCUUAGGUCUUUACAAAAAGAGUGGGAAGCUAGUUUUCCUGGGCCUGGACAAUGCCGGUAAAACAACGCUCCUACACAUGCUGAAAGAUGACAGGCUUGGGCAGCACGUUCCAACACUGCAUCCAACUUCUGAGGAGCUAACAAUCGGUGGCAUGACAUUUACUACGUUUGAUCUCGGAGGACAUGUACAAGCACGAAGAGUUUGGAAGAACUACCUGCCAGCUGUGAAUGGAGUCGUCUUUCUUGUAGACUGUGCAGAUCAUGACAGACUCACAGAAUCCAAGACUGAACUUGAUGCUCUCCUUGCAGAUGAGACCAUAGUCAAUGUACCAGUGUUGGUGUUAGGGAAUAAAAUUGACCGUCCCGAAGCUAUCAGCGAAGGAGGACUUAGAGGAGCUUUUGCACUUGAUGGCCAAGUUACCGGGAAGGGAAAUGUGUCGCUGAAGGAGCUGAAUGCUCGACCCCUGGAGAUUUUCAUGUGCAGCGUGUUGAAAAAACAAGGCUAUGGGGAAGGUUUCAGAUGGUUAUCACAGUAUAUUGACUGACAAAGAGAUGAGCUUAACCAAAAAGGAUGUAGAAGUUUGAUCCUUAGUGAGUGUCAGCCCAUCCAAAUUCCAGGUCUUAGUACUAAGAAUAUCUUAAUUCCUAAAUUCACGUGAACUGUCCUAAAUGUGUUAUUAAUUUGAGAGACAAUUGAGUUGCAUGAAAUAUAAAUUAGGUUGCGUUAUACCAGAUUACAGCCCAUGCAGUAUGCAGUAAUGUAGAUAUGCACGGUUCAGUGUUGCAUUACUUCUGUGUUUAUCUUGGAAUUUAGUAGUGAGCGAGUGAUGAAACAGAAGGGCUCAAGGGGAUCAUGAGGGGCUAGUCUGGAAUUGACGGUCUAGUUUAGAAUUUCAGAUCAUUCUUGUAGAUAAAUAAAAAACUACAGAAGAUGGUUUUUAGUUCAUUUUGUCUGUUAGUGCACAGCUUUAGCAUUUAAUACAUAAAGCCAAAGAUGUAUGCUAAUGACGGGAUUAACAGGCCCAGAUGUUGAACUUCAACAAAAAACAUCCUCAAUGCUGAGUGCUGAGCCAAAUAACAUAAAAAUCCCUUUUUAGUCAUCAAGAAAGGUGAAAAAAAUAGUUAAAUGAAAAGAUGAUGGCGUACACUGAGUGAAAUUAGACAUCAUGUUGAUAAGUGUGCUGUGAUUAAUGUGCUGCUUGCUUUCGGCAUCUCAAUGAAGCUGGCUUGUUGGUUUUUGUGAAAUCAACCUGUACGCGUUGAGGAUCUGGGUUGAAGGCAGCUAAUUUGACAGGAGGACCGACAUAUUUAGCUUAUUAUCUAUGGGCCGUCCAAUAUAGAAUUCAAAGAUAAAAAAGCUGUCCUUUGCUAUAUUGUAUUACAAAGACUGUAAGAAAAAAACCAUCCUUCAUAGAAUAUAGGUCAGACUAGGAAAGAAUAUAUGUAUUUUUGAGUCUUUUCAUCUUAGUCUUAAACAACACCCACUAAAAGAGUGUCCCAUCUCUCUGCUCAGUAUUUCCUCGCGGUUUUACUUGAAUCAAGCAUAGAAAAAAGUCCAGGUUAAAGCAGCAAUAUUUGAAUGAGAGACUGAAAAAAAGGUUUUUUUAAUUUAUUUAUUUAUUUAUUCAUUCAUUGUAUCUAGAGCCUGAGACAUAUAUUAAAUUCAAUAACUACCCAGGUUCAAGUGUUGCAGGUACUUUAUGACUGUCUGAAAAGAUACAAGAGUGCACAUGCAAACGUUGACAUGCUUAACUAAACAAUUAAUCCAAUCUUAUUCAGCGUACUUGAAAUUUAAGUUUGCUUUUGAUUUGGGGUUUUUUGGGUGUUUUUUUUUUUUCUUUGCAUGAAAAUAUUUUAUUGAUUUUUAUUGAUUUAUUUUUUUACAACGCACUGUAUACAUUUAUAUCCUCAUUAUGAGAAACAUGAAGUACAAAAACAGGAAGAGAGGCAUGUGAUCUUUGCACCAUAUUUUCAGCAGCCCUUGUUUACAGUUUAGAUAUGUGGUUUAUUAAUAUGUGAAGGAAUAUUUACAACCCAGAUUAAAAGAUAUGUAUAAAAACAGACUUCAUACAGGGAGUCUCGUUUGUUUACUAAAAUGUAGCAUGCGUGUUAACAAACUGCUUUUCCUUUCAACAGCGUUGUGUACCACUUACCGAACACAUGUAAAUUAUGUAUAAUACUGAUGUAAAUGCUUGUACAGUUACUGCCCUUGAAAAAACACUAUGAAGGACUUAUUUGUAACUGUAUAGUACUUGAUUUGAUAUUUUCAGCAUCUAUCAGUAAAUAUAGUUUCAUGUUAAAUAACAUCACCCACACAGAACGAUGUGAAAGUUUGAUCUACUUAAUAAGCAGUUGACAUGUAAUAAAACCUGCUUUUUAUAGACCAAA